CCUUGUUAACAAGUCAAGUAGCAAAUAGAGUGUGAUAAGAUGACGCCAUGAUUUUUUAUGCCUCUCUAGUUCUGUUAUUGAUUGUACAGCAAAGUCAAGGAAUUUUAAUUAGCGAAGACUGCGUCGAUUCCCUGGGAUGUGAAUCACAUGACAUCCGGGACUCGCAGCUCAAUGCCUCAUCGUCACUGUCGCCAAGUAUCCGGUAUGGUCCUCAGCAGGCCAGGUUACAUAACACGAAUGCGUGGUGUGCAGCUGCAAACACCGCUGACCAGUACCUUGAGGUCGACCUUGGCAAGGUGCGGAUGCUUUCAUCAAUAUUGACACAAGGAGACCCUAACAAGAACCAGUAUGUGAAGUCUCUAAAACUCUUGUACUCCGUGCGGGCUGGCUACUGGUGGGACUACAAAGAAAACGACGCCAUAAAAAUUUUCCAAGCAAACAAGGAUCGUGACUCCGUUGCAAAGCUUCUAUUGCAAACAGAGACCGCUGUACGAUACCUCCGUCUGAUGCCUGUCACGUGGCAUGGUCACGUGUGUCUUAGGCUGGAGAUUAAGGGAUGCGAGGCUGAUAGAUACACGCCACUCGGUAUGACAAACGGCACCAUCCCCAACAGUGCGUUAACAUCUUCUACCAUGGCAGACUCCCAGGGACCAAACAAUGCCCGUCUUUACUGGUUACAUUUGGACGACAAGACAUGUUGGGUUCCCGCAGUUCAGGACACAUCGCAAUGGAUAAAGAUAGAUCUCGGCAGAACGACGCUUUUGACGGCAGUGGCAACACAGGGCUGCCCUCCUCUUGAUACGGGCAAAUCAUUCGUGUGGACUUAUAAUCUGAUGACUAGCCUAGACGGGGCGACGUGGACGUAUCAGUUGAAUAAUGAUGGUACAAAUUUAUUCAAGGGAAACUAUAACAACGAAUAUGAAGCCAUACGUGAUGUCACACCCGAAGCCUUGGCACGAUGGGUGCGGUUUCACCCAAAGGUCUAUAACAACAAGAUUGCAAUGCGAGUGGAGCUUUAUACAUAUGGAAAAGCGUCCCCUGGUGAUCUUGGCAUCGUUAGUGGAGAAAUCCCAGAUACUCAUUUCAACGCGUCUUCUUAUCAAUGUUCACACUGUCAACCACCCAGAGGCCGACUAUGGUUUGAUAAAAUCGCAGUAUCGAUUUACGGUUGGUGUGUGAGUGCAUCUAUCCAGAACUCGUACCUUCAGAUAGAUCUUGGUCACAUCAUGGCUGUCACGGGCGUAGUCACGCAAUCUCGCGGGAAAAUAACAGUACGCUGGACUAAGACUUAUACAGUGGAAUACAGCUCGGACGGUACGACCUGGACACCCUAUAAAGAUACAGGGAAGGCCGAUACGAAGCUCUUUAAAGGGAACACAGACGCCACGACCGCGGUAACGAGAUAUUUCGACAGAGUCAUAGCAACCCGCAUGGUUCGAUUCUUUCCUCGUGAAUACCAAGCCCCCGACACAACAAAGUGCAUGCGGGCUGGCGUUGUUGGUUAUAAGAAUGUUCCCGUUUGUCCCGAGGGCUGGAUCCCGUUCCGUGCAAGCUGCUUUUUGUUCUACUUUGAUCAUAAAUCGACGAUUGACAGCGAUGAGGCGCGCACAGCCUGCCGGGCUCGUGACGCAAACCUCGCCGACAUACGGGACAUACAGGAACACCUAUUUAUGAAUACCCGGAUUGAGCAUAGGGCUGGUCAUGUACCAUAUGUUAUCGGGUUGAUUAAGAGAAACAACAGGUGGGAAUGGGAGGUCGAUGGUAGCGCAGCAUCGUGGAUUCCAUGGGCAGACGGUCAACCUCAAGAACGAGUAGAUGAAAUUUGUGCAAGGAACAACAUAGGCGAAAUACAUGACCACUACUGUAGCGAUCGAUACACUACGGCAGCAAUCUGCAAAAAGCCAGCUACAGGCGGGUUCUUUGGUACUCCUGUUAUCUUUUCUCCCCUCCCGGACGUUGACGCGUACGAAAACGAGACUAUUACCCUCCAGUGCCAGGCCAUCGGUGACGCGGUCAUCAUCAUCGCCUGGUUACACAAUGAUACUCUCGUUCAGAACAGGUCCGUCAAUACUGCGCUUGUCAUCAGCAAUAUACCGCUGAACAUGAGCGGAAGUUGGCGAUGUGUGGCGUCAAAUCAUCUAGGAUCUCAAAACAAGACUUUCUAUGUCGAUGUUAAAAAGCCAUCAGAGUUGUGUGUUAAGUUCACAACUUUAAGUGACGCGACCCGUUUUCAUAGGUACAAGACAACGUCUACUGCUCAAAGUGAUACCUUCUUAAACCGGACUGACUGGUAUGCCUUCAAGAGCCCAACCGGUUAUUACCAGCUGCUAACCUCCUGUGCGCCCGCAAACCGAUGCAAUGCGGUCGCCACUGGUUGGCUCAGAGGAAAACACCCGACAACUGCAGAUGGCGUCGUGACGCGUACUGUGUGCUUCCAUAGCAACGGUGACUGUUGCCAUAGCAGCGUUAAGGUGCAAGUGCGCAAAUGUGUGAAUCAAUAUGUGUACAAGCUGGUUCCGCCGGAUGAGCCGCUGACCGCAAGAUACUGCACCGAGAACCAUGUAGAAGAAGCUGACCCCACAUACAACCGGCUAUUCCAGCUCUCCCCAGACCCCGCACGCCUCCAGCCCAGUCACGUGCUCGAUCAAGUGUAUGACGUCAUAAAUGAAAUGAUCUGCCUCAAAAUGUGCCUUCUAUAUGCUGAAUGCAAGUCGUUUAGUCACAGUGCGGCGGACAGGGAAUGCCAGAUGUACAAUACAACCGCUGACGAUGGUGCUGGCGUCGCCAUCCUAGACCACGGCUUCCGACACUACUUUUCUAACGUGCAAACUCAAGCGGUGUUCAUACACCCUUAAAGAAAGUAGGGAAAUACGUUUUCUGGACGGUAGUCGGCGGUCGGAAGCUCAACGUUACCCUUUUUGAUAAAGUUUUGCUUCAACACAAUUUAAAUAGAAGCAUCUGCUCUAUCGCCUGGACUUUAGAAACCUGUUGUGCGUUGUGGAAGCGUUGAAGAAUCAAAUUCGCAGUGGCUAUAUUUCCAAAAGCCGGAAAAUGUUCCCCCUAAUGGACUAAAUGCCCUACAGAUUUCAAAUUAUUUAAAUAAUCAAGCAAAUUGUCGUCCAGUAAACCCCUUCUUCUUGGCUGCCGUCCAUUGUCCCGAAACGUCUUUGUUCAAAGUAAUGUCUCUUCCAGCUGCCAUUCCAUCAUCGAAGCUAACAACAAAGUAUAAGAAAGCAACCAUUUUCAUCGGCAAAUUUUGUAAGCUUUGCAAUAUCGAUUGAAUUUGGUAAAUUGAGUUUAAAGCUUUGUUUUUGAAUGGUCAAUUCGAGAUUCACACAAUUUUUCCAAUAUUUAAUACAAACAAUAACAAAGAUGUAGCAGAAUAAGUCUCUCCAGGUUUCCUGUACUGUAAAUAACGGAUGCACCAUUUUCGAUCAGGGCUUCUUGCAAUACUUGAAGCUGAUCAAGUUAUUGACCUGA